AUGGAAUUCCCUUUACCUAAAAAGGCUUCUGGCCUACGCAAGAUUGACCCUUCACUUCUGGAUCUCCGAAGCGACCAAGAAAUAAUUGAUCAACUCAAAACAUACCGACCAAUUACUUCAGAAAAAAAUGUUUGGGCUAUCUGGGACAGAGGUUUUGACUAUAUGUAUCCUACCCACCAGCAAACAGUCCUCAAUUGGGUUCGUCGUCUCGGCUCAACUUGGACAGUUCGUCUGAUCGACUUUGCCGACGGCUCGCCUAACAACAUCUACAACUACGUCAACAGAGAUUGGUUUCCCGAAUGCUUUGUCAACAAGACUAUGGAUGGUAAGCACGCUCCGCAACACGCUGCAGAUCUAGCACGUCUCCCGCUUAUGUACGAACACGGCGGAGUCUGGAUGGACGUGUCCAACAUGCUACACAUUCACCUUGAUACUCUAUUCUGGAAUCAUCUCUCAUCACCCGAAACACCAUACGAAAUUGCCGCCUGGAUCAUCACAGGUCAGAUCAGGAACAAGUGGGGGGACUUCGGAAAUUUCUUUUUUGCAGCUCGCAAGAAAUGUGAGUUUGUCAAGAACUGGCACGAUAGCUACAAAGAGCUUUGGAAAGGCCGAACAAAUGUCGAUGGUUUCCACAAACACCCUCUGAUUCAGGAGAUUGGUCUUGCUGAAGCUAUGAGAGAUCCCAAGCACGAGGAGCAGAUUUACUGGAUGACGGAUUACGUCGCGCAAAUGGUUCUGGGAGAUCGAACACGAAACCUUGUCGAUGUCGAAACUGGUUGGAACGGCCGCGAAUUCUGGGAGAACAAAGUCUUCAUGGUCGAAGGAAUCAAGAAUGGAAUUCUUGGUGCUUUGAAGACCAAUCUCUGCGGACAGAAACAAAUCGACCUUUUCACAACACGUCUGGACGAGCCUGAUCCCACCAAACGAGACGAAGCUGAAGAAUUUGUGAUCGAGAUGCUGGAGAAAAGUCAUAUGUACAAGGUUUACCACAACUCAAUGGCAGGUAACCCGGCUUUGGGCGACCUUAUCAAGAAGGCGGAGAAUAGCGAUGCUACGUUCCGUCCUGGGACCUUUGGAGAGCUUUAUCGGUAUGGGACUGUUCAUUGGGAACCUAUUCGGGAGGUUGAGAGGUUGGAGCCUCAGAGGAACGGUGAUGAGUUGAUAUACGGUACGCCGACGAGGACAGCUGCGUCUAUGGCGAGUUAG